AAUGUGUCAGAGAUCUGUCUGCGCGACACGAGAGUACAUGUGUGCUCCUAGAGUUUACAACUGAACUGCGAGAGAGUGACGAGACAACACACGACUCACACCACAACCUCAGUCAACGCGAGGCUUUCCAAGUGUGGGAUAGAAUGCCGGCGAUUAUAAGUAAAAAUUCCGACAUGGAUUUUGACUCACUACAACCCUGCUUCUAUCCAGACGAGGAUGACUUCUAUUUCUGCGGUCCCGACUCUGCGCCUCCUGGAGAGGACAUCUGGAAGAAAUUUGAGUUACUGCCUACGCCGCCCCUCUCCCCGAGCCGAGCGGCGCUACCCGGGGAGCUGGCCUCCGCGUCCGUGGGGGACUGGGGCGACUCGGCAGCAGGUCCCAUGAGUUUUGGAUUAGGCGACCCGCUGGGGUGCGAAUGGACCUCGGAGCUGCUGCUCCUGCCCGAGGAAGAUAUUUGGGGUGCGUCGGAUGGAGACCUGUUCGGCGGCUCCGCUUUGAAUAAUAACCCCAACUCAAUCAUCAUUCAGGACUGUAUGUGGAGCGGCUUCUCUGCCAGGGAAAAGCUAGAGAGGGUGGUCACAGAGAAGCUAAGCAAAGCCAUUUCCACAGCGGCUGCCUGUGGAGUUAGUAAAAAUGUCACUACUGCCGCUGUCAUCACUACCAAGGCGUCUGAGCUGAGCCGCUCCGUGUCGGAGUGUGUGGACCCCACGAUAGUCUUCCCCUUCCCUGUCAACAAAAGAAACGGUAGCAGCAGCAGAUGUCCACCUGGUACAGUCCCCGCCUCUACUGCGCAUUGUAGCGCCAAGGAAACUCAGAGCGACUCUGAAGAUGAAGACGAUGAUGAAGAGGAGGAGGACGAAGAUGAGGAGGAGGGCGAAGAUGACUCGGACGGCGAAGAGAUCGAUGUGGUCACCGUGGAGAAGCGGCGCGGCUUGUCGCCGUUGGCCACCGGCACGGUCACCAUCUCAGUACGGCCGAAGACGGGUGCCGCUUCCGGGGGCGUGGCCUCAUCUGGUGUCAUGAGCCGAUUCGUUAGCAACCGGGGAUCAGCGGGGUCAAACGGUUACGGUCAGGAGCUGAUCCUGAAGCAGAGUUCGGUCCACCAGCAGCAGCACAACUACGCCGCUCCCUCGCCAUACGCCUCUGACGAUGAUCACGCACCCCCCUCCAAGAAACACAAAACCUCUGACGCUCCUCGCCAACCUUCCCGCACCCUCUCUUCAUCAUCAUCGUCGUCGACCUUAACAUCAUUUGGCUCCUUCACAAUGGCAAUGGCAGGAUCCAAACGUAAACGCAACGCCAGCGGUGAUAGCAGCCCGCGCGGCGGUUCCUCUGGUAACUCCGACUCGGAAGACUCCGAACGGCGGCGAAACCACAACAUCCUGGAACGCCAACGGCGCAACGAUCUCCGCUCCAGUUUCCUCACGCUCCGCGACCACGUACCCGAGCUGGCGAGGAACGAGAAGGCGGCUAAGGUGCUGAUCUUGAAGAAGGCGGCAGAGUAUGUGUCGUCACUGGAGGUGGACGAGCUGCGGCUGACGCAGGAGAAGGACAGGCUGCAGGCGCGGAGGCAACAGCUGAUCAGGAGGUUGGAGCAGGCCAGGACUCGCUAAGACUUGUCAGUGGCACAUAACGCAAACACGUACACACAAACAUAGGCACACACACACACACACACACACACACACACACACACACACACACACACACACACACACACACACACACACACACACACACACACACAAACACACACACACACACACACACACACACACACAAACCCAGAUGAACCCCUUCUCUCUGUCUCAAUUAAAACACACACAGACUUGGAGCGACACAGGGGAGGCGGGUGGCCGGGACACAACAGGACUUUUACUUCCGCCACUUUUUUUGCACAUUUGUUGACGUUAAGAAUGUUUAGAGUUUUACAUGUUUCAGGUGAAAAAAAGAAGAGAAAAGAACGAGGGAGGGGAAAGGAAGGAGAGCAGGAGCUUCUCUGGGCCCUCUCUCUUUUGUAUAAUUUUUCAGGUGAAAAAAAGAAGAGAAAAGAAAGAGGGAGGGGAAAGGAAGGAGAGCAGGAGCUUCUCUGGGUGCUCUCUCUUGUAUAAUUGUUCUUUUUGUACCUUGUUUUCUUUAACUGAAUGUGACACUUACAUAGCCCCAAACCUAGUGACUUUCAAAGGGGUCAUGUUCAUUAGGGCCACCAACGGAAAGCAAAAACACGCAUUUCUCAAUGGACAAGUUCAGGUAUUCCCUCCCUGUUUCAGUCCAUUUUCUACCGUUUGGUGUGUAAUAAAUACACCCCGGGCAUGGUGUAUUUCAGAGUUCAAAGUUCUCACUUAGGAGAAGAGUACGCUUUCUAUGCCUUCACCACUGCAAACAGAAGAUACUAGUAAAACCACGAUAUAACAAAGACUGUAACGCUGUCACACGUUGGCUCACAACUAUGAUGUCAAGAAGUUUUGGCGUCUCUCUCUCUCAUCCUCUCUCUCUCUCCCUCUUGUUCCUCCUCUCUUGCACUGGUGCUCAAACUAAGGGCUCUAUUCAAUCCGUCUCACAGAACUUCAGCGUUACAAGAUGAUUGAAAUGAGUGGAGACUGCAUUCAUGGUAAACAUCGGCUCAAUGGGAAAUGACCAGCAAUACAGAUUGAAUAGCGCCCCAAGUCAAUGGAUGUAAUAACUAUGUACCUUGCUAGCUGACACUUUUGUAAAUAACAUUACUGUAAAUAACAGAAAUACACUCAGAAUCUGCCUUGUUUUCUAUAAAAAAAAAUCUUUGUUUUUUUUAUACAUUUUGUCCAAAAGCUGCAAAUGAAUAGACUGGAAACGUUAUACCUGUAAUGUACCUGUACUGUAAUGCCUCGCGGGCAACGAAACAUUGUAAUAUAACAACAUAUUGGUUUCAUUUUUUUCUAUCUUCCUGUUUUGUAUUGUACCAUGAUACUAAUUCUACACAUCUUUACUACGCUUUAGUGUGAUCCUGAAAAAUUUGAUACUUAUAUUUUUGUAAGAAAAUUAGUUAUUGGUAGAUAUCUUUUUAUCUCAUCAUUUUCUUAUUCUUCCUUCUAUUCAAAGUGAAUUAUUUUGUACAGAAAUGUGUUCUAUCAUCAUGUACCUGACCCUUUUUAUGUCUCUUUUUUCCCAUUUGUUUAUGUAUUUGUAAGUAUCGGUGCAUUGAACUUACUGGGGAACAGAUAUAAUAUGUUGGUUGUAUCAUUCUUAUAAUGUACAUUUAGUGCUGCAACUCAUAGCACUUUGAAAUACCUCAUUUUGACAAAUAAA